AGACAAACACUUUUGUACGAUUUCACGCACGCAGUCCACCCACACUCACACCACUUCACCAACACUGCCAGGCCACUUCAAACGAGCUUCCUGAAUAACAAUGAGCCCACUUGUACAAAGGAUUGGCUCACACGCACACGCGCACUCACACACAUCCAGAUGGGGAUGAGAAAGGCAGAGUGGCUGUAGUUGAGCUUUGCAGAUUGAGGGGUGAGAUGUUGCCACACAUGAAUUGUGUGUGUGUGUGUGUGUAGGGGCGGGGGGUGCAUGUAAUCAUUUUCUCCUUUCAUCUUUCCACCUUUACUCCUCUCAACGCUCAUCCCUCGUUUUCCUACAGACAUCCUGUUGUCCUAGAUAGACCCACAGGCAGAUAGACUGACAGGCAGAUAGACUGACAGGCAGGAAGACAGGAACGUGGACUCACAGGUAGAUAAGACGGGCAGACAGACAGACAGGCGGGCAGACAGACAGACAGGCGGGCAAACGGGCAGACAGACAGGCAGGCAGGCAGACAGACAAGAAGGCGGUGGACAGACACGCAACAAACAUUCAACAAGCAGAAACAGAAAGCAGCCAAGUACCUCAACGGAAGGUCAUCGUCGAUCAGAAUGACAGGGCAAGCGUUGGGAGAGAGUACAGAUUUGACAUCGCACAGAUUAUCUGUGAAAACCUGGAUUGAGGAAGAGGGAGAGAGAGCUGACAGUAUCAGAAGCCGAGGACAAUCGAUGUGUGAUGACACGUCCUCAGAAUUACAGAGGAUGGCAACUAUUGAUCGCAGGGGCCUCAACUCCCAGAAUUCAUACCGGGGUAGAGGAGCCUUGUCCAGAUUGGUCAGCAUGGUGGUGACUCUGAGAGAGUGGGCCCACAAGAGUCUCUUGGAGGAGGAGGAGCGUCCAGAUUCCUUCCUGGAACGCUUCAGAGGGCCUGAGCUGCAGGCCCCGCCCAGUCGCAUCAGCCACACCCACCCCGACGCCUCUGACGCUGACCACGCAAGGCCCACUCGGAAGUCAGAUGUCUUGGUCCUAGCUCCAGCUGAUGACGUUUAUUAUCACUGGCUGAUCAUUAUAGCCACUGCUGUACUCUACAACUGGUGCCUCCUGGUGGCCAGGGCCUGUUUUGAUGAGUUGCAGACUCGAGGUGCGGUGGUGUGGCUGGUUCUAGAUUACCUGUGCGACAGCCUUUACAUCCUGGACAUGGUAGUCAGACUGAGAACAGGCUACCUGGAGCAAGGGCUGCUGGUGAAGGAACUGACCAAGCUGAGAGACAGCUACCUGCGCACGCUCCAGUUCAAACUAGACGUGGUGUCCAUCCUUCCCACCGACCUCCUCUACCUCACCCUGGGCAUCCACACCCCCCUGCUCCGCUUCAACCGCCUGCUCCGCUUCAACCGCAUGUUCGAGUUCUUCGACCGCACCGAGACGCGCACCAACUACCCCAACGCCUUCCGUAUCUGCAACCUGGUUCUGUACAUCCUGGUUAUCAUCCACUGGAACGCCUGCAUCUACUAUAGCUUCUCCAAGGCCCUGGGCCUGGGCUCCGACUCCUGGGUCUACCCCAACUCGUCCGAGCCAGGCUUUGGCACCUUGACUCGGGGGUACGUCUACUGCCUCUACUGGUCCACCCUCACAUUGACCACCAUCGGAGAGACCCCGCCCCCGGUCAGAGACGAGGAGUUCCUGUUUGUGGUCUUCGACUUCCUGGUCGGGGUUUUGAUCUUCGCCUCCAUCGUGGGGAACGUGGGCGCCAUGAUCUCCAACAUGAACGCCACACGCACCGAGUUUCAGAGUCGCAUGGAUGCCAUCAAGCACUAUAUGCAGUUUCGCCAUGUCAGCAAAGACCUGGAGGCUCGCGUCAUUCGCUGGUUCGACUACCUUUGGACCAAUCAGAAGGCUGUGGACGAACAGGAAGUGCUAAAGAGCCUCCCUAAUAAGCUGAAAGCAGAGAUAGCCAUAAAUGUCCAUCUAGAGACAUUGAAAAAGGUCCGUAUCUUCCAGGACUGCGAGGCAGGGCUACUGGUAGAGCUGGUGCUGAAACUGCGCCCCCAGGUGUUCAGUCCGGGCGACUACAUCUGCCGCAAGGGCGACAUCGGCAAGGAGAUGUACAUCAUCAAAGAUGGCCACUUGGCGGUGGUCGGCGAGGACGGCGCCACCCAGCUGGCCGUCCUGACGGCGGGAAGCUGCUUCGGAGAGAUCAGCAUCCUCAACAUCCGCGGCAGCAAGAUGGGCAACAGACGCACGGCCAACAUCCGCAGUCUGGGAUACUCAGACCUCUUCUGCCUGUCCAAGCGCGACCUGAUGGAGGCGCUCACCGAGUUUCCCCACGCUCGGCUGCAGCUGGAGCAGAGGGGGCGGGACAUCCUUCAGAAGGAGGGGCUCCUGGAGGAAGGGGGCGUGUCCGGCCUGGGGGCGGAGGAGCUGGAGCAGAAAGUGGAGAGGCUGGAGGCGUGUCUGGACCGCCUGCAGACCCGCCUGGCCCGCCUGCAGAGCGAGUACGCGGCAACGCAGCUCCGACUCAAACAGCGAAUCACGGGGCUGGAACGCAGCGUAAAUAUGGCGGCCACCGGAAGUGGUUUCCUGUCUGACGUUGAUGGAAGCGAGAGUGUCUGGGGAGAUGGAAUACGCAGCGAGAUCAACAUUCAGCUCUGAGAAGCUGUUGCCAUGUACUUUCUAUAGGAUCUUCAUGAAAUCCUUUUCUUAGUACUGUAUGCUAAUAAUAAUUUAUAUAUUGCUACUAUAUGUUGUUGCCCAUGUCGAUAUUGAUAAUGCUAUAAUGGGAACUCUUUAUUUGUUUCGAUAAACGUUGUCUAGAAGGGCUUACUUUUACAAACACCGUAGGCCAAUAUUACCUGGGCACAAUAAGACCAAAAAAGGUUUUGUCAUGUAUUACAAUGUUUAACUGGUAUUGGCAGCUAGCUACAUGUGGUGUUAGGUCAGUUUAAGUUAAAUACAUUUGUAUAUCUGUUAAUGCAGUGGAUGUUUGAUAUCCUGUAUGAUUAUGUAAUAUAUC